CAGCCCACGGACUUCCCGCCUACUAAUCUGGAAACUUGUCGCAGGCCCCCACUGACAUCACUGCGGGUUCAACUUUGAAUUCAUCCUCAAGUCUUCAACGUUUCUGCUUUCUACUCAAACCUUUCGCAACAAAUCCACUCUCGUCAUCAAGUCUUCUUCGUAGCUUCAUGUUCAAUUCAGCGCCUCCAGUCAGAUCUGAUUAAUAAUUACGGUGUAGCAUAUGGUCAGUGCAACAUAUAUCUCUAUGAAAUAGCACAGAAAUUCUAGCUUUCUUCCAACAUGGAAAAGAAAGAGUCAGUGGAGACAAUUGAAUCAAAUUCUCAAGCUGUUGAAAAGCUGGAAGAUGUUCCCACUGUUCACAAUGAAAAGGCCAAGCAGCCAGAAGAGGUAAAAAGUGUAAAAAAUCAAAAUAUUGGCAGUGAUGAUCGCCCAUUAGACAAUGCACAAAAUGACAUAUCUGACAAGACAAAUGAGAUGGCAGAUGAGCGGGAGAGUAAUGUCAUGAAGACAGAAGCUGAAGAUAAAUCCUUCAAUAAUGUUAGACAAAACUCUGAUGAUGAUUAUGUUGAUGCCAGAAAAGGUUCUAAUUUUAUCAGUCAAGGGGGAAGUGUAGAUAUAAUUUCUGGACAAAAUGACAUGGCCAAAGAGAUGAACGAGAGUGGGCGCGUGGAAUCCACAAUAAUGGAUCAGAAGACAGAUGAAAUGCCAAGUGAGGACAAUAAUCUAGAGCCCGUGUUUGACGGAACAGAGGUUCCUGGUAUGGAAACUAGCAGAAGCACCGAUAACUGUUCUUUAGACUUGAGUGCUGAUCCGGAUACUCAUGGUGUGGUUGAGAAGGCUGUGGCACUUAAAAAUUUUGUUAGGGAGAGAAGUGCUGUAGCAGUCUCUACUGUGCUACGUCGCCUUUCUGGAAAAAGUGAUGAAGGUUCCAUGAGCAAUUCUGAUGAUGAAAGUAAGAAUGCUUCGGAAUCCUCAAAUGUGGAUUCUGCUGAGAAAAAAUCUUGGAACCCCCUAAAUUAUAUUAGGAUGUCAUUCGAUGCUGAGUCGGAAGGCAAAAAUGAAUGUAGGGAACCAAUAACCGGAGGUCCUCAAUAUCCCAUAGCCAUGAAAGGAAGGAUUAUACUCUACACAAGACUAGGGUGCCGGGAAUCUAAAAAGGUCAGGCUAUUUUUGUAUAUGAAACGGCUUAGGUAUGUUGAAAUCAAUAUUGAUGUGUACCCCAGUAGAAAGAAGGAGCUCGACAAGAUUUCUGGAUCUUCUUCUGUUCCCAAGGUCUUUUUCAAUGAAAUACUUAUUGGAGGAUUGAAUGAGCUGAAGGCCCUGGAUGAAUCCGGUAAGCUCGAGGAGAAGCUUGAAUUUCUCAUCACUGAAGCGCCGUCAAUUGAAGCUCCGUUACCACCUCUUUCUGGAGAGGAUGAUGAGUCUAGUAGUGGAGCUCUCGAUGAAAUGGCUUUAAUUGUCAGCAAAAUGAAAGAAUCUAUUGUUGUGAAAGACCGAUUUUGCAAAAUGCGGAGGUUCACUAAAUGUUUUCUAGGCUCAGAAGCUGUGGACUUCUUAUCAGAAGAUCAAUACUUGGAAAGGCAGGAGGCUGUUGAGUUUGCCCAAAACCUUGCUAGCAAAUUCUUCUUCCACCAUGUUCUUGAUGAGAAUCUAUUUGAGGAUGGUAAUCACUUGUAUCGUUUUUUGGAUGAUGACCCGAUCGUGGCUUCUCAAUGUCACAAUAUUCCGGGGGGCAUAACCACUGUGAAGCCAAAGCCUAUAAUAGAAAUUGCAUCAAGGCUGAGGUUUUUGUCUCAUGCAAUAUUUGAAGCCUAUGUUUCUGAAGAUGGACAUCAUGUUAAUUACAGAAGUCUCCAUGGAAGCGAGGAGUUUGCAAGGUAUCUGAGAAUAAUAGAGGAGCUCCAGAGAGUGGAAAUGUGGGAUAUGUCUAGAGAAGAGAAGCUAGCUUUCUUUAUCAAUCUUUAUAAUAUGAUGGCCAUUCAUGCAAUCUUAGAAUGGGGUCAUCCAGCCGGAGCACUGGAAAGAAGAAAAUUGUUUGGAGACUUCAAAUAUGUGAUUGGUGGGUCAACUUACUCACUUUCAGCCAUUCAAAAUGGCAUUUUAAGGGGAAACCAGCGGCCACCAUACAAUCUUCUGAAGCCUUUUGGUGCAAAAGAUAAACGUGCGAGGGUGGCUCUCCCCUACCCUGAGCCUCUUGUUCAUUUUGCCUUGGUAUGCGGUACCAGAUCCGGGCCCGCGCUUAGAUGCUAUUCUCCUCGAGCCAUUGACAAAGAAUUAAUGGACUCAGCUCGCAAUUUCUUGAGAAGUGGAGGACUUCUCAUUGAUUUGAAUACGAAGGUUGCAUAUGCCAGUAAGAUUCUUAAGUGGUUUAGUGUAGAUUUUGGCAAGAACGAUGUAGAGGUACUGAGGCAUGUGUCAAAUUACUUGGAUCCAGCUGACGCAGCAGUAUUGUUGGAUCUGCUUGCCACCUCUGAAUUGAAGGUGAUUCAUAUCCCAUAUGAUUGGGGUUUAAACUACUAAUUUGCAGGGAACCCAGUAAUUAAGACUUGGUUCAUAUGUGAUUCACCUGUAUUAAAACUAUUGGACCAAUUUGUAUAUCAAGUAAUCAAUGUUACGUGAUCACUUUUUUUUUUUU